AUGGCAUACAACCGAACCUUCAAUCCCGACAGUCUCCCAGCUUUUGCAGAACCAGAGCGGAAGCAAGGCGCUCCUCCUCCUCCUCAAGCUCCCCCCUCACACUCGCAAACCCCACCUCUUCAACAUCAUAACUCUCACCACGCGCAACAACAUCACAGCGCCGCGCAGGAAGCUGCAUACGCACAGCAGUACGGUAAUAGACCACAACCCUCGUUACCGCGACCAGACCAGCGACAACAAGGCAGAGAUCCAAGAAGAUUGUCGCCGCAAAUGCAGCCCUCAGCAAAUUAUGGCUACGGUGGCUCGCCGCCUGCCUCGAGCCACGGAGGAUAUGGUGGUCAGUCUCAGUCAACAUCUGCAUCGGGAUAUGCGGCAGCUUCAGGCCAUGGACGUCCUCCCCCAGCUCAACAACGGCCCCCUCCAGUGUCGCGGCCUCCUCCUUCGCCGGCUCCACCGAAUGGUGCCGAUCCUGCGCUGUGGCCUCUCUUCAAGGCCGUCGAUAAAGAUGGUAGAGAUCCUUCACCUGAUUAUUCUGUUUGCAUUUCUAACCUCUCUGUAGGAAGUGGGCAGCUUAGUGAAACUGAGCUUCGAGCUGCGCUUGUAAAUGGCGACUGGACUGCCUUCGAUCCUCACACGGUUAAAAUGAUGAUUCGGAUGUUCGACUCGGACCGCUCCGGUCUGAUCGGUUUCGAGGAAUUCUGCGGAUUGUGGGGAUUCUUAGCAGCAUGGCGCUCUUUGUUUGAUCGGUUUGACGCUGAUCGUAGCGGAAAUAUCAGCUUGGGGGAAUAUACCAACGCAUUAGACCUUCGACAAGAGAAAUGA